AGUUCCUCCCAUGAUUAAGCACUCUGCCACUCUCAUCGGAUCGAAGCCGCGUGGUUUCAGUCGCACAACCCAAGAAACUCCAAAGAUGCAUGCUUGCAAACAAUCCGAGGGAGAGCAACACCAACCUCUUGUUUAUGACUAAAAAUUUUUGCAAAUAACUCGUUUUUCAGUAGUCUCCACCAAGACGCGUUUGGAUCCGUUCCCCUCUCCGGGACUGAGCCGCAGACAGACACAGCUGGGGGGAAGGGGGGAUUGCCUUGGGCGUGCUCGCAGGCGGAGGCGCCCAGCCCCCGCAACCUACCCCAAACAUCUACUCCGCACCACCCCGGCCAGCCACCACCCCUCCCCAAUACCCGGGGCGAACGCCAGCCCGCCUCCGGCAACGAUGCGUCUCGAGGGCGGUAGGCGGCGGCGAUGGUGGCGGCGCUCGCGCCCCAGCCUCCGCCUCCGAUUGGCUAGCGCGCGCGCCGACGUCAGAGCCCGGCUGGCCGAGCGGUGGCCUCAGCUCUGGCUUCAGCUCAGUCGGCUCGAGUGCGCGUAGCAGCGAGGAAGUGCCACCGCCUCGGUGCUCCCUCCCUCCCUCCCUCUCAUUCUCUCCGGGUGUGUGAGCGUGUGAGCCCCCUUGGUCCCUCGCGAGCUCUUGCUGGGCAGUCCGCUGCCGGACGCUGACCUGCUCCCCCCUUCCUUACCCCGUCCUGGUCCUCCUCGGUCCCUCCGCCCUUUCCUCCUCCCUGAGUCUUCCCUCCUCACGGACCCCGGCUUCCCCGUAACCACACUCGCACGCACUCACACACACACCCACGCUCUGACACGGACCUCUCCUGUCCCCACGCGCGCCCAUCAUGUCCAAGGAGGAGAAGAAACUCAAUCCGGAGGACAAUUGGAGGAACUUCAUUUACAACCCAUUGACCAGCGAGGUCUUGGGGCGGACCGCGGAGAGCUGGGGUUUGAUCUUUCUCUUCUACGUGGUCUUCUAUGGCUUCCUUGCUGCUCUCUUCACCUUCAUGAUGUGGGUGAUGCUGCAGACACUGAGUGAUGAAACACCAAAGUAUCAGGACCUGAUCGCCUCCCCAGGGCUUUCAAUUAUCCCCAAACCAAUGAAUGCAUUGGAGAUCUUUGUCAAUAUCUCUGAAAAAACCUCCUAUGAACAUUAUGUUACCGCACUUGGACACUUUUUAAAGAAAUAUGAAGACAGUAUGCAAGAAAAAAACAUAGAAUGUGAAAGUGGAAUCUUUUUUGAACAAAAGAGCAGGUCUAAACUGGCUUGUAAAUUUUCUCUUAAAAUACUUCAAGUCUGCUCUGGAUUGAAUGACAGCAGUUAUGGCUUUGAUGAAGGAAGUCCUUGUGUAAUUUUGAAAAUGAAUCGAAUAAUUGGAUUAAAACCUGAAGGAAAUCCAAGUAUACAGUGUCAUGUUAAGGAGGAAAGAGUCAACCUAGUAACUUUCCCAGACGCUGGAAAGAUUGACUUAAUGUAUUUUCCGUAUUAUGGGAAAAAAGCGCAUAAGAACUAUCUGCAGCCGCUGGUCGCUCUCAAGGUGAAUUUUCAGCCCGGGUCCGAGGAGGCGAGCAUCGAGUGCAAGGUGGAAGGGUCGCCCAACCUGAAGAACCAGGACGAGCGGGACAAGUUCUUGGGACGGAUCGCCUUCAAAGUCACCCUGGCUCACUAGGCUGAGCAGCCCGCCUCCACAGAGUCUUCCUGUGUCCCCGCGGGGCCUGCCGGUCUAGAAUCGGAGCCCCUCCGUGGGAGAAGCUGGGGUGGUGCAGGACGUCGGGUAGCGUAAUAAUGGGCUUCCAGAUUCUAAUGUGUAAUGUCCUCCCAGUAACUGCCUUUGCCUUUGCCUGCCCCAGGGGACCAGCGCGCAGACCUAGACGUGUCCUCCGAGGGCCUGUAAAUAGCCGACUCAACGUACAAUAAUGGUGGUCUUGUCCGAGUGUCUCUAAAGCUUCCUGUGCUGUGCUCUGUCCAUACUGUGCUGAUUCCACACGGCGUGCUGUCCUCACCUCCACGCCCGCCCGCCCACCCACCUAGGGACCAAGGAGAGAGGUGCCUGCCUGACCCACCGCCCGACCGCCAGAACUCUGCCAGAAUUGGGACGCGUGCAGACGCCUUAAGUUCUGUGUGUGAGGAGGAAGAUCAAUAAAAUGGAUUUUAAACA